AUGGUGGUGGGCGCAUUUCCUAUGGCGAAGCUGAUCUACUUGGGCAUCCGGCAGGUCAGCAAACCGCUCGCCAACCGCAUUAAGGAGGGCGCCCGCCGGAGCGAGUUCUUCAAGAACUACGUCUGCCUCCCACCGGCCCAGCUGUACCAUUGGGUGGAGAUGCGGACCAAGAUGCGCAUCAUGGGCUUCCGGGGCACAGCCAUCAAGCCGUUGAAUGAGGAGGCAGCCGCUGAGCUGGGUGCAGAGCUGCUGGGGGAAGCCACCAUCUUCAUUGUGGGCGGCGGCUGUCUGGUGCUGGAAUACUGGCGCCACCAGGUGCAACAGCGCAACAAGGAGGAGGAACAGCGCGCUGCCUGGGACGCGCUGCAGGACGAGGUGGGCCGCCUGGCGCUCACCGUUGAGACGCUGCAGGCACAGAUGCAGAUGGUGCCUUCACUCAGCACCCUGGAGGAGCUGCGGGCGCAGCUGCAGGAGGUACAUGCCCAGGUCUGCACCCCGGAUAGACGGCAAUCAACAGAGAAGAUGCCCCGGGCAGCACCCGCGUGCGAGAAAUAG